CAGUGUACGGGGCGUCUCUGGAGCUUGCUUUGCUGUGCCUCCGAGCCGGUGGGCCCGGUUUCUGUCGCGGCUCCUCGGGUCCCGUUCCGCCUCGCCUACCCUGGGCGGAGGUGAUGGGGGACUCCAAGGAGGCUGGAGCGGAGUCUCCGCCGGCCGGGGCCGCCGCUCGAGGAGGGCUUAGCCUCCUGUCUCAGGGAGAAUCCGAGGAACCUUCUGCACAGGGAUCAGCUUUAUUUCUUGGAGGCAAUGAAGUGAAGAGCCGAGCUGUGGUGAAAUACUCUUCUGCCCCUCCUAGAACAGCAUUUGCACGCCUUGAAGAGAAAACAGACUUGAAACUCCCACCUGCCAACUGGUUACGAGAGAGUGCCAAACUAGGGCCAGCAGGAACUACCAUUCUUGGCAACAGUAAGAGAAGCAAGCCAUUUUCAAGCUUUGGUAUGGCGUACGACUUUAUUGAUUCUGUGGGAAAUGAUGUAGACGUUGUCUCUGACUCUGAAAACAUAAAAAAGCUCCUGAAGAUUCCCUACAGCAAGUCCCACGUAAGCAUGGCUGUACACCGCAUAGGAAGGACUCUCUUACUCGAUGAGUUAGAUAUUCAGGAACUCUUCAUGAGAUCAUCUCAGACUGGUGAUUGGACAUGGCUGAAAGAAUUUUACCAAAGACUCAUUGAUCAGAAGUGGCAAAGGAAGAAAAAGAGCAAAGAGCACUGGUAUCAGAAGGCUAUUCUUUCCAAGUUUUUAUAUUAUAGUAUCAAUGGCGAUGGAGCCGCUCAGCCCGUCCCAUCUGCUGCAGAACAGCAGGAAUCCUCCAGUUCAGAUCAGACAAAUGAUUCAGACGGGGCUUCGUGGCCCGCCCCCUUUGAAAUGCCUUCUUCAGUUUCUGAAGAUCCCAGUGCUUCCAGUCAGGAAAACAUAUUGACAAAGUCGAAGAAGAUAAAAAUGAGAUCUUUGGGAAGUGAGCCUCUUGAACCCUCAUACAUAGUGGGGCAUGUGGCCUCAGCACCCAAAGAACAAAACCUGACUACUUUAUUCAAUGACGGGGAGAACAGUCAGGGUCUUAAAAAUGAUUUUGUUCGGAAUAUCUUAUGGACAUUUGAAGAUAUACAUAUGUUAGUUGGCUCCAACAUGCCUAUAUUUGGAGGAGGCAGAUAUCCCGCAGUCAGCCUACGUCUCAGGGACAACAACAAACCAAUUAAUGUGCUAACUGGAAUUGACUAUUGGUUGGACAACUUGAUAUGCAACGUGCCGGAACUUGUGAUGUGUUUUCACGUAAAUGGAAUUGUGCAGAAAUAUGAAAUGAUAAAAACCGAAGAGAUUCCCAAUCUGGAAAACUCAAACUUCUCUACGAAAGUCAUAAAAGACAUAGCACAGAAUAUUUUAUCAUUUCUAAAAUCUAACUGUACGAAAGAAGGACAUACCUAUUGGCUGUUUAAAGCAAGUGGCAGUGAUAUAGUGAAGCUUUACGAUCUCACUACUCUUUGUGAAGAAACUGAAGACAAGUACCAAAAUCCGUUCACAAUGCCGGUGGCUAUUCUCUUAUAUAAGGUUGCUUGCAACAUGAUGAUGAAGAAGAAUCAAAAUAAGAAACACUACGGGACUAUUAGAACAUUGCUUCUUAAUUGUGUUAAAUUGUUGGACAAAAGCAGACAUCCUCAAAUUAUUGCUUCAGCCAAUUACAUGCUUUCAGAACUUUUUCAAUUAGAUGAACCUAAAAAAGAAGAAAGUUCAGAAUCUCCUUUAAAUGAGAAUUCUGAUGAAAGUUACAGUGAAGAGGAGGAAGAGAUGCCGGACAGCGAUGAAAAUGGAUCCUAUAGCACCAGUUCUGAUCCCUCAGAUGAUAACAAAGCAGUAGCUAUUAUUAAGUCUGUUGGAGAAUUGUCAGUUCCAGAAAAAUACAAAUCCAUUCAUCAAAUCCGACCCAGUUGCACGUUUCCAGUUUGCCAUGACACAGAGGAGCGCUGUAGACUCGUGCUUAGCUAUGUUCUGGAGGGGUUAAAAUCUGUGGAUAGCAGCAUUAAAAAAGAAAGCGACCUUCCUGCAGCUGACCCCAACACCCCAAUCCCAUUAAAAUAUGAAGAUGACUCCACAAGGGGGGGUCCUGAGGGUCUGGAGAAGCAGAUGGCCUUGUUUUUGGACAAAAUGGGCUCCCUUCAGAAGGGUAAUUAUUCCAGUCAAUCUGGAAUGAUCCCUGGUUCUUGGCAACAUAAAAUGAAACUCCAGCUGAUUCUCAAGUCAUCAAAGGCCUAUUAUGUUUUGUCUGAUGCUGCCAUGAGUCUUCAGAAAUAUGGAAGAGCGUUACGAUACAUUAAAUUAGCUUUGCAGAGCCACGAUACUUACUGCUGCCUCUGCACCAACAUGCUUUCGGAAGUGCUGCUAUUUCUGUCUCAGUAUUUGACGCUCUGUGGCGACAUCCAACUGAUGCUGGCCCAGAAUGCAAACAACAGAGCAGCACAUCUUGAGGAGUUUAAUUAUCAAACAAAAGAAGAUCAGGAGAUACUACACAGCCUCCACAGGGAGUCCAGUUGUCAAGGUAUGCCAGUGAGACCCAGCAUUCGAUUCAUGUGGGGAUUAUUCCGUCCAGCUUAUGCUUAUCCGGGGUUUGCAUGGGCAACUGAUUUGUCUACAGACUUAGAGAGUCAGCUUUCAGUCAGUUGUAAAUGUUACGAAGCUGCUAAUGAAAUCUUGCAAUUUAGUGACUUAAAAAGCCAGAACCCAGAACACUACGUACAAGUAUUGAAGAGAAUGGGUAACAUUAGAAAUGAAAUUGGUGUGUUUUACAUGAAUCAGGCUGCUGCACUGCAGAGUGAGCGAGUAGUGAGCAAAAGCGUGUCUACCGCGGAGCAGCAGUUGUGGAAAAAAAGCUUUUCUUGUUUUGAAAAAGGAAUUCACAACUUUGAGUCGAUUGAUGAUGCCACGAAUGCUGCCCUUCUGUUGUGUAACACGGGGAGACUCAUGCGGAUUUGUGCGCAGGCGCACUGUGGUGCCAGCGAUGAAUUUAAGCGGGAAUUCUCACCAGAAGAAGGCUUAUAUUACAAUAAGGCUGUUGAUUACUAUUUGAAAGCUCUGAGGUCACUGGGGACACGAGACAUACACCCGGCUGUUUGGGAUUCAGUGAAUUGGGAAUUGUCCACGACUUAUUUCACGAUGGCAACUCUACAGCAAGAUUAUGCUCCAUUAUCUAGGAAAGCUCAGGAGCAGAUUGAAAAAGAAGUCAGUGAGGCUAUGAUGAAGUCCUUGAAAUACUGUGAUGUGGACUCAAUCUCUGCUCGACAGCCUCUUUGUCAGUACCGAGCCGCAACCAUCCAUCACAGGCUGGCAUCCAUGUACCACAGUUGUCUGAGAAAUCAGGUUGGUGAUGAACAUCUUAGGAAGCAGCACCGGGUGCUGGCAGAUCUUCAUUAUAGCAAAGCUGUUAAGCUUUUUCAGCUUCUCAAAGAUGCUCCCUGUGAACUACUUAGAGUACAGUUAGAAAGAGUGGCAUUUGCAGAAUUCCAAAUGACCAGUCAGAAUAGCAAUGUUGGAAAAUUAAAAACACUAUCUGGGGCACUUGAUAUAAUGGUGAGAACUAAGCAUGCAUUCCAGCUCAUCAGAAAGGAGCUUGUAGAGGAAUUUGACCAGCCUAAGAGUGAUGAGUCCACUCCAGCUGCGGAUUCCUCUCCUAGUCUUAAUCGAGAAGAAGUGAUCAAGCUCCUCAGUAUAUUUGAAUCUCGGUUGUCAUUCCUUCUCCUUCAGUCCAUCAAGCUGCUGUCUUCAACUAAGAAGAAAACAAGCAGUAAUACUGAGGAAGAUGUAGUCCUCAAAACCAACAAGCAGAUUUACUCGCAGCUUUUGAGAGCUAUUGCUAACAAAAAUGCAACUCUUCUGGAAAGAAUUGACAUUCUCAUCCAUUUGCUGGAUCAGCUUGCUCGCGGCAGCGGCGUGCAGUGACUCGUGCCCGAGGCUCCGGCUGAGGAGAUCCUGUCAGUGCCUUCUGCUCCCGGGGGCUCGUUUGUCCAUUCGGUGCUUCGUUUCAUUAAAUAUGAGGGAAAUCUCCACCUACAACAGGCCCGGCAGUGGAAACAGUUCUCUUUUCCCAUGACAGACAAGUCAUGGCUGAGUUCUUUGACUUUUCAUUGGAAGUGCUAAAAUCAGAAUCAGACUUGGGGCUCCCAGCAUUUGUUUCUUUGCGAAGUACACGGUACCUCAGUGUUAACAGACUUGCUGUGGUGGCUGGUACACUUGUAGACAUUUUUGAGGUAUGUUAAGCUACGUGGGUUUAAGAUAAUAAUUAUUUUGGAUGAUGUUACUUUGGUCAAGGGAACUUUUCUCCAAGUGAUUUUAGUGGUUCACAUGGGUUAGAGAAAUGUCCUGUGCAUCUGCAGCAUCUCCUCAGUUGCACAGAAGGAAGCCUGUCCUCCUUCAGCUUCGGUGCAGGAUUUGAUGGAGACUGGCCAUUGUGCGAGUUUCUGUAUUUAGUGCAUGUUCUGAAAGGAUCCGCUUUUCUUUGACUUUGUAUGACAGUUGAUCAAGAAUAGGUACUAUCCCCCCCUUUUUUUCCAUUUUAAACUUGAAACUGUGAAUAAGGUAAGAAAACUAUUUUGAAUAAAUAAAUUAUUUAUUUAAAAUGUCUUCGUA